UUAAUCACAGGCUCAGAAGGAUAUAGGAAAAAGAAGCGGAUACAGCCAGGCAACCGCGAGUGGGUUACUGUGAUCCAAGGCGUGGGCGCAUCAGGUCGCCGGAUACCACCCUUCGUUGUCUUUGCGGGCAAGGUGCUUAUUAACUUAGAGCACUUUAAUACCCAUACAAAGAGCUCUACUGUAGGUAGGUAUCAACUACUUAUUAUUGACGGCCAUGAGAGCCACUGCUCCAUCGAUUUUCAAGAUCUUUGCAAGGAGAAGAAUAUUAUUCUUCUCUGCAUGCCUCCACACUCGUCUCACCUGUUGCAGCCCCUUGACGUCGCCUGCUUCUCGCCAUUGAAGCGCAAGUAUGGCGACGCUGUUUCAGGCUUGGCACGCAACCGCACCCACUAUAUUAGCAAGGAAAACUUCCUACCAGCCUUUAAGGCUGCUUUUGAGCAGUCUAUCACGAAGGAGAAUAUCCAAGCUGGCUUCAGAGGUGCUGGUCUAGUCCCACACGACCCACAGGCUGUGCUAUCUAAGCUUGAUGUAGUGGUGCAGACACCU